AUGACAGGAAGAGGCUUCCUCGUCCCCGACAACUAUGUCGACGAUCUUCCCAAUGAGACUGACAUGAACAUCGCCUCCAUCGCCUGGGGCUUGUCGCUGGGCAUCACGCUCUUUAACAUCGCAAAGGCGAUUCGACAGACGAGAUCUGCGUGGAAUCGAAGGAAGAGGGUCACCAGUUACAUUGCGUUGGUUUGGGCCGAGAUCAUCUCGAGUUUUAUCUUGGGUGUUAUGUGUUGGUUUUAUCUUCGGGGUGAUAUUGAGCCGAGCAUGCAGUUUUUCUUCUUCAUCAUCGUCUGGUGGUCAACGCAAGUCCAGUGUCUUAUCCAAAUCAUCAUCAACCGAGUUUCGCUAUUGAUGGUUGUUCGAUCCAACGGUACCAAGCUUAAAUGGCUCUGCUUCCUUAUCCUUCUGGCUAUCAACAUCAGCGUGUUCUGCAUCUGGGUCCCCGCUCGAUUGCAGAUUAGCGAGGGCUAUAUCCACCUGAACAACAUCUGGGAUCGAUGCGAGAAGGUCAUUUUCGGUAUUAUGGAUGCUGCUCUGAACUUCUACUUCAUCUAUGUCGUCAAGCAGCGACUUGUUGCCAACGGUCUACAUAAGUAUACCCGUCUGUAUCAGAUGAACAUAUUUUUGUGUGCUAUCUCCAUCGCUUUGGAUGUACUCCUCAUCUGCAUGAUGUCUCUGCCCAACGGCUUUGUUUACAUUCAGUUCCAUCCCCUUGUCUACCUUCUCAAGCUUCACAUCGAGAUGAACAUGGCCGAUCUGAUUGGCAAGGUCGUCCGCGCCGGUAACAACGAUCAACGCGGCGGCCACGACUAUUCCUCACGAUCGCGAACGACAGGAACAUCGCGGCCUCACGGCACACGAUUUGGUCAGACUCUGGCCAGCGCGCAUCACCGAACACAUAUUGAGCUCGGCGAGGAGGAUGAGUAUGAGCUCAAGGAGCGUGAGAAGAUUGAGGGUAUCAAGAAGACUGUCGUCACGCAGAUUGUGCAUCAGAAUCAACAGCAGGAUGAUGAUAGUGAAUCUACUGCCGAGGAGCAUAACGAUCGUGCUGUUAGCGAGGCCAGCUCGACUAAGCAUUUGCAUCAGCGGAAUCAUAGCGGUGUUUAG